AUGUCUGAUGCAGAAUGCCCCGCGCUGAUGUCGCGGCCCGGGGCACACAAGAUGCCUGCAAUGGAAACUGACACCAUAAUCAUCGGGAACGGGCCAUCGGCUAUGAUCCUGUCAUUUAUUCUCCAUGGCUAUCUCCCGUAUUAUUCUAUAAAUCGUCCGCAUCCCGACCCUCUACUCCAUGCGAAGCUUAAGGACAACCCGGACUUACUGGAUGCGGAUGUAGCGGCUUUGACCGAACAUUUCCAUGCCUCUCGAUUGUCGUACUCGACGCAGGCUCUCCCAGUAAAUGUUCUGCUGGACACCCUCGUCCGGCCAAGCAUCGAUGUGGAUGUGGGAGAGGGUGAUACCAGAGUUGAAUGGCGACAUGUGCCUGAAAAGGCCGUCCCACACUUGGUAUUCGGCAAUGCGCCGAAGGCCGGUGGUCAAUGGAAUGACAACCUGGUAUUCGUUAGCUGGGAUAUUCAAACCCUGAGCUACGCGUCAAUGCUGUCCUUGCCAGGAUAUUCUUUCGCUGAGCACUACCGCAGGGUCAAUGGCAAGGAUCUUCCUGCAUUCACGCGGCCCACCAGGAGGGAGAUUAUGGACUAUUUCAGCGCCUAUCCUGAGGCGGUCGGGAUUGAUGACUCUUUUCAGAAUAACGAGACUCUGAGCGGUAUCACAAGAACUGCAAAUGGUUUCUUCAUUUCCUCUCACAAUAUUCAUUGCAAGCAUCUGGUCUUGGCGAGUGGAAUAUUCUCGGAAGUGCUGAAGCCCCUUCCGAUGCUACAACCCCUACGAUUUCUUCAGCCGACUCCAGAGAUACCGCUCCUUGUUAUAGGAUCCGGCUUCUCAGCAGCGGAUAUCAUAAUAUCUGCUCCGGCGGACCAGAAGGUCCUUCAUAUAUUUAAGUGGGAUCCGGAAGGACAUCCCUCUCCACUCCGCAGCUGUCACCAGCGCGCCUAUCCGGAAUAUGCGGGGGUGUAUCGAUUGAUGAAGCGAGCUGCUCUUGCGGCAGAGCCAGCUACAGCCAAACGUCCUGGCAAACCAAAGCGGACGACAUCAUCUCGGUUCCUCGAAAGUCGGGCCUGGGAUACGGUUUACGAGGGCCUUCCAAACGCAGAAGUUAUUGCAGUGGAUAUGCAAUCGGAAUUUGCAUUGGUAACUUUUCGACUACCCGACGGAAGUACAAUGGAACGAACCGUCCGUGGGCUGGUAUAUGCUACUGGUCGUCGUGGAACCCUUGGCUACCUGGAUAAGCCCCUUCUCUCCGAGGUUCUUGGGUGUCCCGAUGGAACAGAACCCAGCCCCAUAAUAUCGGGCAAGACAUUGAGAGCAAAGGCCUUAGAGGAUCUCGAAGUCGCCGAAGACGUAUUUAUCAUUGGGAGUCUCACCGGCGAUUCCCUGAUCCGGUUUGCUUACGGCAGUUGCGUGCAGACGGCAGGUAGACUUAUAAGAGCACAUACCGGGGAUGAUAAAUCCGAGUGCAAAACGCCAACCUCUUCCAGACCACAAAGCUCAUCUUUGCGUGUGAUGAACGGCGUGGAGGGUCACGAAAUUUAUCAUAACGGUGACUAUUACCAGCAACUGGAGAAAAUUGAUUCCGAGGCCACAACCCGCCCUCCCUCGAGUCUAGAUGGCCUAUGGAGCUGGAUGGUAAGGUUUUGGAGGUCAUAG